AUGGAUGCUGAUGAAGAUUUCCAAUAUACCACUGAAAAUAUUGAUGAGAUAUCUGAUUCCAGCGAUGAGGAAGACUUUGAAUGGGAAGAUGUUAAUCUUGAUUCAGAAAUAGUAGUGACUUUAGAUAAUCCAGAUACUUCACAUGUGUUCAAAAGAGGUGAGAAGAUUAAGAAAGUAUCUAAUCAGUACCAGAAGUUGAAAUAUGGAUUACAGUUGGCAGAAAUACCCUUAUUUUUACGAACAUUAAAAGAAAGAUCAAGCUGGGCCAAAGAUGAAAGAUUGAACAGAAGAUUGAAAAGAUCAGUGCCAAAACUAAUUAUGAAGAAGUUCAAGAAAUGGUCUAGUGAAAAUUCUGAACAGAGACCAAAAAUGUUAAGAACUUUACUUUUAGGAUUGAUUCUUUGGUUCAGAACAAAUUACAAGAUAAAUGCUAAUGGGUUUCGACAGAAUUUUAAUAGGCUACAAUAUCUGAUAAGAUAUUACAACUCCAGCUCUAAAAGUCUAUCGGAGAGGGCUACCUAUUUACUCAAUCAUGAAUAUAUUCACUAUGGAUCAAGGCCUUCAAAUAUCGAUUCUGUUGAUGGGAUUAGAAAUAUGGCUAAGCAAAAAAUGGCAAAUAGGGAUAUCUUAUGUCUAUUCUUCAUAAUUAUUUUGAAAAACUUACUACCAGCUAAAUAUGAAUUAUUUCUAUGUUUUGCAUUGCCAUUGCAUGAUUUUGAGAUGACAUCCACCAAUUUGAAAUACCAAAUUAAUGAAAACAUUGGUACAAUUCCAAACCGUUUUGAUUCAGAUUUAUUAGUACCCAAUUUUUGGAUUGAACUUAAGACUAUUGAGAAUGAACUGUAUAUCAUUGAUCCAAUUGUAAGUGUUAAAGAAAGUAACAUGGUAUUUAGACAAAAUGAGAAUCGAGUUUCUGACGUUUUCAAGCCCAAGCACGAUUUCAAAUCUCAAAUAGUCCAGAAAUUCGAUUAUGUUGCAAAGAUUAAUAUCAAUACAUCUUCAAUUAGUGACGUUUCUCCAAGGUACAUAUCAGAUUUAUGUUUCAGAUAUUUCCCUAUUCAACCAUAUUCUAGCCUUUCCAAAUCAAGAAACAUUAAAAGUUAUCAAUUGUAUAUUGCAUCGAUUUGUAAGCUGAAUGAAAAUAAUUCAGGAAAUUGCGAUAUUGAUUUUGAAUCAAUGGAAAAGUUGGCAUUCAAACAUUAUACUCUGCCAAACAGUUAUUUAGAUAUGAAAAAGGCUGUAAAUUUUAUUGUUCCAAGUUUACUUAAAAGUAAUGAGACUUUGGAUUCUGAUUCUGUAAGCAUUGGUGAAUUUUCUUAUAAUAUUAACAAUAAAGUGGUAAAAGAAUUAAUAUACUGGAAGAAUGCAGUUACACAAUUGAAAAGUAGGCAACACUGGGCAAUUUUAGGUCGAACGGUAAAAGAAUGUUCUACCCCAGUUAAAUUUAAAAAAUAUUUGACUAUGAAAGGAAGAAGAGACAGUAAAAUAGAUCAGUAUGCAAUUAAAGAAUUAUUUUCUUAUAAUCAAACAUCUAAGGCACUUCCACCGAAAAGUAUAAUUAUAGACAAAUAUGGGAAUUCAUUAAGAAUAACAAACCCGUUACAUUUUACAAAUGAAUUAAACCAUGUAGAAAUUUACUGUGAUUCGAUGAUACCAGAAGGUUUUUCAUUAAUACCUAUAUCCAAAGAUUUGAAACUUCAAAUAACUAAGUUCAAUAAAGAAAUUAUGAAGAAAAGGGAUUCUAACACUAUCAGAUAUGCAGAAGUUGUAACUGGAUUUGAUUUCAAACGUAAGCCAGGAUAUGCAAUGCCAAAAAUUUCACAUAUAUUAGUGAAUACAGUUGAUUCCAAAAGAGUUCAAGAUAUAAUAAAGCAAAAUAAGGAAUUGUCAGCUUUACUUGAUUGGAAACAAUUAAUAACCAGAACUAAAAUUUUUGAACAUAUUGAAACAAAUUACAGCAAUUAUGAUUAA